GGUCCGAGGGCGGGGCUCUCAGGCCGUGAGGGUGGGUGGGUCGCCGAGCGCCCCGGCUCGCCCCGCGCCCCGGCUCGCCCCGGCGUUUCCGGUCGCAGGCGGGCUCUGGAGGAGGAGGGGCUCCGCGACCGACGCGCGCGAGGCGGUCUGGGAAAAAGGGCGGUGCGAGCAGGUGCGCGCGCAGCGGGCCGGCAGUGGCGGCGGAGAUGGAGGAGGGAGGCCGGGACAAGGCACCGGUGCAGCCCCAGCAGUCUCCAGCGGCGGCCCUCGGCGGCACGGACGAGAAGCCGAGCGGCAAGGAGCGGCGGGAUGCCGGGGACAAGGACAAAGAACAGGAGCUGUCUGAAGAGGAUAAACAGCUUCAAGAUGAACUGGAGAUGCUCGUGGAACGACUAGGGGAGAAGGACACAUCCCUGUAUCGGCCAGCGCUGGAGGAAUUGCGAAGGCAGAUUCGUUCUUCUACAACUUCCAUGACUUCAGUGCCCAAGCCUCUCAAAUUUCUGCGUCCACACUAUGGCAAACUGAAGGAAAUCUAUGAGAACAUGGCCCCUGGGGAGAAUAAGCGUUUUGCUGCUGACAUCAUCUCUGUUUUGGCCAUGACCAUGAGUGGGGAGCGCGAAUGCCUCAAGUAUCGGCUAGUGGGCUCCCAGGAGGAAUUGGCAUCAUGGGGUCAUGAGUAUGUCAGGCAUCUGGCAGGAGAAGUGGCUAAGGAGUGGCAGGAGCUGGAUGACGCAGAGAAGGUCCAGCGGGAGCCUCUGCUCACUCUAGUGAAGGAAAUCAUCCCCUAUAACAUGGCCCACAAUGCAGAGCAUGAGGCUUGCGACCUGCUUAUGGAAAUUGAGCAGGUGGACAUGCUGGAGAAGGACAUUGAUGAAAAUGCAUACGCAAAGGUCUGCCUUUAUCUCACCAGUUGUGUGAAUUAUGUGCCUGAGCCUGAGAACUCAGCCCUACUGCGUUGUGCCCUGGGUGUGUUCCGGAAGUUUAGCCGCUUCCCUGAAGCUCUGAGAUUGGCAUUGAUGCUCAAUGACAUGGAGUUGGUAGAAGACAUCUUCACCUCCUGCAAGGAUGUGGUAGUACAGAAACAGAUGGCAUUCAUGCUAGGCCGGCAUGGGGUGUUCCUGGAGCUGAGUGAAGAUGUCGAGGAGUAUGAGGACCUGACAGAGAUCAUGUCCAAUGUACAGCUCAACAGCAACUUCUUGGCCUUAGCUCGGGAGCUGGACAUCAUGGAGCCCAAGGUGCCUGAUGACAUCUACAAAACCCACCUAGAGAACAACAGGUUUGGGGGCAGUGGCUCUCAGGUGGACUCUGCCCGCAUGAACCUGGCCUCCUCUUUUGUGAAUGGCUUUGUGAAUGCAGCUUUUGGCCAAGAUAAGCUGCUAACAGAUGAUGGCAACAAAUGGCUUUACAAGAACAAGGACCAUGGAAUGUUGAGUGCAGCUGCAUCUCUUGGGAUGAUUCUGCUGUGGGAUGUAGAUGGUGGCCUCACCCAGAUUGACAAGUACCUGUACUCCUCUGAGGACUACAUUAAGUCAGGAGCUCUUCUUGCCUGUGGCAUAGUGAACUCUGGGGUCCGGAAUGAGUGUGACCCUGCUCUGGCACUGCUCUCAGACUAUGUUCUCCACAACAGCAACACCAUGAGACUUGGUUCCAUCUUUGGGCUAGGCUUGGCCUAUGCUGGCUCAAAUCGUGAAGAUGUCCUAACACUGCUGCUGCCUGUGAUGGGGGAUUCAAAGUCCAGCAUGGAGGUGGCAGGUGUGACAGCUCUAGCCUGUGGAAUGAUAGCAGUAGGGUCCUGCAAUGGAGAUGUAACUUCCACUAUCCUUCAGACCAUCAUGGAGAAGUCAGAGACUGAGCUCAAGGAUACUUACGCUCGUUGGCUUCCUCUUGGACUGGGUCUCAACCACCUGGGGAAGGGUGAGGCCAUCGAGGCAAUCCUGGCUGCACUGGAGGUUGUGUCAGAGCCAUUCCGCAGUUUUGCCAACACGCUGGUGGAUGUGUGUGCAUAUGCAGGCUCUGGGAACGUACUGAAGGUGCAGCAGCUGCUCCACAUUUGUAGCGAACACUUUGACUCCAAAGAGAAGGAGGAAGACAAAGACAAGAAGGAAAAGAAGGACAAGGACAAGAAGGAAGCCCCUGCUGACAUGGGAGCACAUCAGGGAGUGGCUGUUCUGGGGAUUGCCCUUAUUGCUAUGGGGGAGGAGAUUGGUGCAGAGAUGGCAUUACGAACCUUUGGCCACUUGCUGAGAUAUGGGGAGCCUACACUCCGGAGGGCUGUACCUUUAGCACUGGCCCUCAUCUCUGUUUCCAAUCCACGACUCAACAUCCUGGAUACCCUAAGCAAAUUCUCUCAUGAUGCUGAUCCGGAAGUUUCCUAUAACUCCAUUUUUGCCAUGGGCAUGGUGGGCAGUGGUACCAAUAAUGCCCGUCUGGCUGCAAUGCUGCGCCAGUUAGCUCAAUAUCAUGCCAAGGACCCAAACAACCUCUUCAUGGUGCGCUUGGCACAGGGCCUGACACAUUUAGGGAAGGGUACCCUUACCCUCUGCCCCUACCACAGUGACCGGCAGCUUAUGAGUCAAGUGGCCGUGGCUGGACUGCUCACUGUGCUUGUCUCUUUCCUGGAUGUUCGAAACAUUAUUCUAGGCAAAUCACACUAUGUAUUGUAUGGGCUGGUGGCUGCCAUGCAGCCCCGAAUGCUGGUUACGUUUGAUGAGGAGCUGCGGCCAUUGCCAGUGUCUGUCCGUGUGGGCCAGGCAGUGGAUGUGGUGGGCCAGGCUGGCAAGCCGAAGACUAUCACAGGGUUCCAGACACAUACAACCCCAGUGUUGUUGGCCCACGGGGAACGGGCAGAAUUGGCCACUGAGGAGUUUCUUCCUGUUACCCCCAUUCUGGAAGGUUUUGUUAUCCUUCGGAAGAACCCCAAUUAUGAUCUCUAAGUGACCACCAGGGGCUCUGAACUGCAGCUGAUGUAUCAGCGGGCCAUGCACCCUGCUGCCGAGGGUGGACACGGCUGCAGACUUCUGGGGGAGUUGUUGCCUCCUGCUCUUUUGUUACUAAGAUAAGGUUGUUCAAUAAAGACCUUUAUCCCCAA